AUGCAGAUCACCAGGCGGUUUGCUAACUUGCUGAAGGGUCUGGUUUAUGUUUCCUCACCUGCUCAGGCCAUUCAGUCACAAAGGGAGAGCAGUUUAUUGCUGCUGGUGGAGACGCUCCUGUUCGAGCCAGCUCUGUUCCAGGAGCUGGACUGUAGUAGCAACACCAUGUCCUCUCCCCCCAUCUCCCCCUCCCAGCCUGGGGAAGGCCUGGUCCUCAGGUCACUCUGCACAGCCGACUUCAACAGGGGAUUCUACAAGAUGUUAUCCCAACUCACAACUGCAGGAGAUGUUACUCCAGAGCAGUUCAUCAGUAAGUACCAACCAAUGCAUAUACUGUAUGAUGCCUCAGAUAUGAGAGGAAGGGUGGAGGAGGUGGUUGUCAGUGACGUGCCGGGGGAAACAGCUGGGGAAACUGUGAGUAGUCUGUGGUUAGUGUCGACCCUCACUCUUUUCAGCAAAAAACUGGAAUGUGCACCCAACAAUGUGGCUUUCUACAAGAAGUUUAGCUACUCCGCGUCAGACGAGACCUACACGAAGUGCUGA